GGCGUCCUUCUUCAUUUGGUACCAGUCUUUCCCCCGCUAUCUGCUUUGCUCGUUUAAUCAAAAAAGUCAGCUUGGGGUUCGUACGAACAAGUCCCGUUUGAGCAUUUCCUUUUUUGGAUUUUUUUGAUAUUAUGUCUGACAUGAGGUGUAAUAUCCACCUAAUGGAGGCAAUUUGAGUUAGGUUCUUUGGUUUCUGGAUCAGUGAUGGAGUGCAACAAAGAAGAGGCCAUCAGGGCCAAAGAGAUCGCUGAGAAGAAGAUGGAGAACAAGGAUUUUGUUGGGGCUCAGAGGAUUGCACUUAAGGCCCAGCAGCUCUAUCCUGAUCUGGAGAAUAUUUCACAGAUGAUUUUGGUCUGUGAUGUACAUUGCUCUGCUGAGAACAAGGUCUUUGGAAAGGAUAGGGAUUGGUAUGGCAUCCUCAGGAUUGAACCAACCUCGGAUGAUGCAGCAAUUAAGAAGCAGUACCGUAAGUUAGCUCUUUUGCUUCAUCCGGAUAAGAACAAAUAUUCUGGUGCAGCAGACGCGUUUAAGCUGGUUGGUGAAGCUCAGAGAGUUCUUUUAGACUGUGAAAAACGGAGGAUACAUGACAGCUUAUGUAAGGCUGCAGGAAGAUUUCCAACAGCUAAUUGGGCCCAGCAGCCAGCAAGCAAGCAGUCGAAUGUUGGGAGACAGCCUUGGGUUCAGAACCACUUUACAGGCAAUGCCACAUCACAGUACAUGAAUCAGCAAAACCAGCAGCCACAACAACAGACUCAGUCAGGGCUUAAGGAUUGUGCAACUUUCUGGACUGUCUGUCCAUUCUGUUUUGUAAGGUACCAGUAUUAUAAAGAUGUUGUGAACAAACUUCUGAAAUGUCAAAGUUGUAAAAGGUCCUUCACCGGUUAUGAAAUGAAUGCCCAAGGUGUGACACCAGGAGCCAAUGGGAGUCAGUCUGCCUUCUCCCAAGGUCCCUUUAAAAUGCACUCUCAAAGUACUACUAAGGAUUUUACUUCCAAUGUGGGAUUUCAGGGAAGCAAGUAUCCAACAAGGAAUUCUUUACCAAAGGCAGGAUGCACUUCUGAGGUUGGUGAGGGGUCAAAACCCAAUGAAAAAUUUGGGAAUGUGGAAGCAAAAAUUAAUAAGGAGGGACAAUCGAAGGAGCCUAAAAAGAUGAAUGCCAAGAGGAAGCAGGCAGUGGACUCCAGUGAUAGUUGCAACACUGGAAGCAGCACAGACUCUGAGGAAGGUAUAGUUAUGGAAGAAGACGGUGAUCAUUUGGCUGGACAGAAUUUCGCAUAUGGUGGUGAGGUGCACCCUCGGAGAUCUACUCGGUCUAAAAAGCAGGUUUCUUAUAAUCAAAAUAUAAGCGACGAUGAUGACAUGGUAACCCCAUCGAAAAGGGUAAAAAGCAGUGGAUGUUCCCAUGCCACUGAAAAAGAGGUUGAAGAUAUAUCAUUGAAAGAAGAGGCCAGCAGUAUGAACAAACCUGCUGGUCUUGCCGCUGAUAUGGAGGAGGACGAGGAAGAAUUAAAAGAGAAAGGAAGUUCCUUUAAUGAAGAGAGCUUGCAAAGUGGAGACGAGGAGGUGGAGAAGGCAAAUGAAAAGGCGAAAGUGACUGAGGAUGAUAAUAAAAGUCCUCAAGAUAAUCGUGUUCCUUCAUCUAAAUCAAGUCCUAAUACUGCGACAGAACCAGAAAUUUAUGAAUAUCAUGAACCAGAUUUCAGUGACUUCGAGAAGAAUAGAAAAGAAGAGUGCUUUGCAGUUGGACAAAUCUGGGCUGUUUAUGAUCUUCUUGAUGCCAUGCCCAGAUUUUAUUGUCGUAUCAGAAAAGUUUUCUCUGCUGGGUUUAAGUUGCAGAUAACCUGGCUGGAGCCGGCCCCAGAUGUUGAGGAUGAAAUUAAAUGGGUUGAUGAGGGACUGCCAGCCUCUUGCGGUAAGUUCAGACACGGAAACACUCAGACUAUUGUAGAUCGUCCGAUGUUCUCACAUUUAAUUUGUUGGGAAAAAGGCAGCAUAAGAGGCUCUUACAAGAUAUAUCCAAAAAAGGGAGAAACUUGGGCCCUCUUUAAGAAUUGGGAUAUGAAAUGGUAUUCUAAUCCAGACAGAAAAAAGAAGUUUGAAUAUGAGUUUGUCGAAGUAUUGUCAGACUAUGCCGAUGAUGUUGGCAUAUCUGUUUUGUACUUGAGCAAGUUGAAACACUUUGCCUGUCUAUUUUCUCGAAAAAUGGAGGGAAGAGACUUAAUCCUUAUCCCGCCAAAGGAAAUAUUUCGAUUUUCGCACAGGAUCCCUUCUUUUCAGAUGACUGGAGAGGAAAGGAAAGAUGUUCCUAAAAGAUCUUUUGAACUCGACCCUGCUUCUUUGCCUGCAGACCUUGAAGAGAUUGUUGUUACUGAAAAUGUGAGAACAGAGGCCGAAAAGAUACAUCUUAGUGGAUUGUGUUCUGAAUCUCUGCCAGAUAUGGUGGAACCCAAGAUAAAGGUGGAAGAAAAUACAUUUGUGGGCCAAGCAAAUCAGAACACCCAUCUUGAUUCCAAUUGCAACAGUUCUGGCAAUUUUACAGAAGAUUGUGAUGCCACUCCAGCUUCUUUUCCAGAAGAUUUUGAGAUUCCUGAACCAGAAUUUUACAAUUUUGAUUCUGAGAAAUCCCCUGACAGAUUUCAGAUAGACCAGAUCUGGGCAUUGUACAGUGAUGAGGAUGGAUUGCCAAAGUACUAUGGUCAGAUAAAGAAAAUCGAUUCCCUUCCGGAGUUUAAAUUGCAUGUAAAAUGGCUUGUUAUGUGUUCACCACCAAAAGACAUGAUUCGUUGGCUUGACAAAAAGAUGCCUGUUUGUUGCGGAAAGUUUAAACUGCAAAAGGGUAAAUCUGAAAAAUAUAAUGCAACCAAGUCCUUUUCACAUCAAUUAAGAGCUGAACUUGUGGGCAAGAAUGUAUAUUCCAUCAUUCCUAGGAAAGGUGAGGUUUGGGCAUUAUAUAAGGACUGGAGUGCUAGAAUGACAUGUUCUGACUUGGAGAACUGUGAAUAUGAUAUGGUAGAAGUUGUUGAGCAAAAUGACUUGUGGAUAUCAGUUUUGGUUUUAGAGCUUGUGGAUGGUUUUAAGUCUGUUUUCAAGGCUCAAAUGAAAGGACAAUCGGCUGUAAGUAUGAAGAUAUCUCGGCCUGAGAUGCUUAGAUUCUCCCAUCAAAUUCCUGCUUUUCGGCUGACAGAAGAAAGAGGUGGGAGCCUACGAGGGUUCUGGGAGCUUGAUCCGGCAGCAUUGCCAGUUCUUCUCCUUUGUUCUACUUGAUGUGGCAGUUUGAUGUUCUCUCAUAGAAGUUGUACAUUAACGUCAUAUGUGCAGUGCCUCACAAGCCUGAUGACUCUGCUCCGAUUUUUGUUUGAAGCACUGGGAUAAACCAAAAAUGUAUUGAGGUCAGUAGGUUGUGUAUAUUGCCUCUUUGACAAGGGCGGGAGUUUUCGAAUUGAAGGAUUUUGGGUCUCCUUCAAUUUGCAUCGGAUAGAACAGGUGGCUUUACUAGUUUAAUGUAGCAAUCCUUUUUUCUAGAUUGAUCCUAUAUGCAACUGAAAGACAAAAUUAGUGUUUGUUUUUUUGGUACUUUUGAGCCAUCUCAUGCAAUGAGUGAUAAUUAUUGAUGGAGCAUAGUCACAUACUAAAUCAAACACUAGUAU